AUGGUACGACUGAAAGAGAAUGAUGAGGUUGAGGCGAGAGAAGAAUACCACGACUGCGAAAGGCGACUUUCACAAACCCAUGGUAAAAGUGUGGAAGAGGCAAAAAAGAAAAUUUAUGCUUGUAGCACAACAACAUAUACGGGCUUUCAGGUGUUGAUGAGCGAGGAAGAGUCAGAGAAGUUCAAUGGUGUACCUGGAGUUAUUUUUGUGUUGCCGGAUUCUUACAUUGAUCCGCAGAACAAGGAGUAUGGAGGAGACAAAUAUGAUAAUGGCGUAAUUACACACAGACCGCCCCCAUUUCAGUAUGAGAGGCAGGGCUCAAGAUACCGUGAUCGUAACAGAUACGAUCGACCAAUGCCAAAUCAGCAAGGGAAUUCCUCGUAUGGCCAACCGGGGUCUCCACAAGGUGGAGGAAACUAUAGGGCUUCACAACCGGGGUCUCCACAGCAGACUUAUGGCCCACCCGGACAAGGGGAAAACAGAGGUCACACAUCAGUUAAUUCUCCUGGAGGGAGGGAUGCAUAUCAGCAGGGUAGAGAUCCAAUACCUUCAUAUCAGGGCAAUUACAACCAACAGGCACAAAGGAACGUUCCACAAGGAGAUCAGAGUACAUACGCUCCUCCUAGUCAAGGGGAACAUAGGGGUAGUGAGAGGACUUCCGGUUAUGGGCAAGGACCGAGCUCUGGAUCAUAUGGGCAAGGACCGAGCUCUGGAUCAUAUGGGCAAGGACCGAGCUCUGGAUCAUAUGGGCGAGGGCCAAGUGCUGGGUCUUAUGGGCAAGGACCAAGUGCUGGGUCUUAUGGGCAAGGACCAAGUGCUGGGACUGCUGGGUCUUAUGGGCAAGGGCCGAGCGCUGGAUCAUAUGGUCAAGGGCCGAGCGCUGGGUCAUAUGGGCAAGGGCCGAGCGCUGGGUCUUAUGGGCAAGGGCCGAGCGCUCAAGGACCGAGUGCUGGGAGUGCUGGGUCUUAUGGGCAAGGACCGAGUGCCGGGAGUUAUGGGCAAGGGCCGAGUGCCGGGAGUUAUGGCCAAGGACCCAUUGCCGGGGAUUAUGGGGAAGGACCAAGAGCUGGUGCUCACGUCCAAGGACCCAGUUCUGGCUACCCUGGGCCUGGAAAUCAGAAUUUCACCCAAGGGGAGCCAAGGAGCAUGCAAGGGGAACAAACAAACUAUGCACCCAUGGGACAGACAGGAGCUGACCGAGGAAGAUAUUAGUGAUGUGUCAUGCGCGGUAAUGCAAAGAGGGAUCAACGAAGGGCUCAUGGCACAUUCCUUAUCAUGUUUGUUCACAUGAAAAUCGAAUUUAUUUGAAUUUUCUUUGGGUCUUUAUGUGGUAAAUAAUGGGUCAACUAUCCUCUGUAUCCCUUUUGGACAAGUGUAGUCAGAAAUUUUAGCUUUUCCUCUGUUUCAUGAGCUUGAACAGAAUAUUUACUAAUGGAGUAUAGAGGUUUUCUAC